CGUGAUUCGGAGCAGCUUCUCGGCCCCAUUGUGACCAUGAUCCGACCUGCUCUCCAUUCUCACAUCAUUGAACAAGACGGUCCCAUAUACGGCCCGCUACCUACAGAUAUCGAGGCUUCCGCGCCCGCCUAUCCCGCUUUUGCACCCUCGGUCGACCCCGCAAACGACCAUGCUAUUUCCAGAUAUGGCGUGCCAUCGCCUGGGGAGCAUCAAGCUCCGCAUACGCAGCACGAACACUUAGAGCACAAUGGCUUGCACUUCGAUCCGAACCUGUCGUCCGAGGGGCCCGCAAUUGGCCGCCCAAGCCUGCCUAACUCUUCGCCCGUCCAGCAGCAGAAUGACUUCCCGCCCUCGACGCCACCCAGGGCUCAGAGCGCGCCAAUCCCUCCAAUACCGCCCAUAAUAGCUAAUUCUGCACCGCCGGGCCACUUCGACAUGCUGCCUCCACCGGCUAGCACGCAUCCCUCAUGGCAGGCUCUCCAUGAAUACGCGCAAUCGCAUGCCUCAGAGCAUGGCUACGCCCUCAGCAUCAAUACUACGGCGAAGAAUCGCUCUCGCAUAAAGCUCGCUUGCGUCUGCUACGGCGCGCCCAAGAAUACGCAUAAGCUCACGCCGGAGACGAGGGUGCGGAAGAACAGAGUGAGCUAUAAAACAGGGUGUAAGAUGUGGAUAGAGGGCAAGAAGCAGGAUGAUGGACUUUGGGCGCUGCGGGUUGGGGAGCCUAUGCAUAAUCAUCCGGGGCGCGCGGUGGAGGGAUGGGCGGUACAGAGAAAGCGGACGUGGGGUGUGCAAGGUGGGAGGGUGGGCGUUGGUGGUGUCACGGCGAAGGAGGAGAAGGAGAGGCUGACCAGCAUCGAUAACGGACAACCCUCGAACCAAGAAGAGGCGGCUCUGGAAGAAAAGGCCGACAGUCCUGUCCAGCCUAGGAAGGCAAGCCACAGCCUUGAGAGCGGCGGUCUAGUCUGGAAGAUCGUCGAGCAAGAAAUGCUACGAAAGGGAGGACCCGGCCAAGGAAGGGAUCGUGGAGUCGGACGCACUGUUAAGAUCCUCGAGGAGCGCUUGCCCGGCAUCCACAUCUUCAAGCGCGACGUCUACAACAUCCGUGCCCAGAUCAAGCGCGCACGCAAAGCCGCAGGCGAGCAGCUAGGCGAGGGCCUAGACGACAGCGACAACGAAGGUGAAGAGGAAACGCAAGAUCAAGACGGUCAGCCUAACAGCAACCAGCAACGACCGCCAGGCCAAGAUGAGAAUCAUGAGGGUGACGGGAACGACCGGAACUAUUCUCAGAUCGAUCCGACGCUCAUCGCGCAGUGCAACUCCGCGCUCAACAACAUGCCGCGACAGGAAGAAAGCGAGGUCGAUAGAUUAAAGAGGGAAGUGGCAGAGCUACGGAAGGCGCUUGCGCAGCGGACGAAGGAGGUCGAAGAGAAGAAUAGCGAGAAUGAGAGUUUGAGGGUGCAGGUCGAGCUCGCGAAUAUGGCGCUGUAUAACGAGAGGGGCGAUUCGGCUCUGGAUGAUAGGAUGCGAGCCUAGUGCCUCCAUUCGUCUCGCCCUAAUAGACAAUAUGAAGUACAAAGGAUCUGAUGCCCGAUAUGUUAAUAUCAUAAGCCAAUAUUUCGC